GUAUACGUAUACGUAUAUAUAAAUACUGCAAAAUAUAUUUUUGUAGAAAUUAUAGGAACUAAUAUAUUUAGGACAUGGGAAACAAAAUUCAAGUUCUAACUUGAUAGAAAUGCAUUGUGAGAUCUGCUUAUUAGAAAAUAAAGAAGGCAGUUUAAAUUAAUAAAAUGCUAAGGCAUAAAUUUGCUCACAAAAUGAAAAACAAAGUAGGUUUAAUUAACUCAUCAAGUUCAGAAAGCGAAUUAUCUGAGAUUAUUGACAUAGAGGAUGAGCAAAUGGAAGAAGAAGAAGAAGUAAAUGAAGAAGAUGAAGAAAAUGAAGAAUUUGAUGAAGAAGAAGAGGAAGAUGAGGAGGAUGAUGACAGUGACACAAGUUCAAAGAAUGAAGAAACUUUAGAAUUUUUAGAAAAAUUAAAUGAUCAUAUGAAUAUAUUUAAAAUAGAAACAGAUAAAUUAAUUCAAUUUCAAGAAGAUAAAGAAGAGCAUUUUAGGAAAACAAAUAUCAAUUGCAUUAUGUCAACAGUUCAAUCAACAAAUAUUAAUAAUAGCGAUGUCCUAGCUAAACCUGUUCCACUUAGAAAUCCAAACUCUAGAAGAAAUUCAAUGCUUCCUGGGUCUGAAAUGUGUAAUGAAAUAUUAGCAUUUAAUGAUAGUCUUAAACCUAACCGUAAUCAAAUUUUGAGUAACGAAACCUCAAAUUUUGUCACUACAAAUACUCUAGAUAAUUGUGAACCUGAAACAAUUAUUACUAAAACUCUCACUACUCAUAAUGAUAAUUCACCAGAUUUAUUAAUUGAUGUUCUGGAUACAGAGAAAGUACCAGAACCCAUAAAGGAAUUAAAAACUUUGAUAUUGAACAAUGAAGCAAAACAAUCAGAAGUAAAGAAAAUUCAGUUGGAUUUAGAUGGAGCUCGUAAAAAUAUAAAAGAGCUUGAAACAACUAUGAAAAUUAAAAUGCGUAUAUCUACAGACAUACCAAAGAAUAUUAAUUUACUUGGAGUAGUGAUAAAUAAGUCUCGUCGCAAGCAAAGUGAAUUAGUGAAAAAAUGUACUUGUGUAAAAACUCAAUUAUCUCCAAGAAACUUACUUCCAAAACCUGAGACUGUUCAUGAGGAAAAGGAAGAUGUGUACACGGACAAGGUAGUUCAUUAUCAGCAAAGGUUAAAAAAUAUUGAGAUGAUAGAGGGUAUUGCUCAUGAUUCUUUGCAAAAGCAACGCAGAAUUACUCACUCUUUAAUCGACACUAACAAGCAGAUGAAGAAUUUAAAAGAACAGUUGAAAAAAGAGGAGAAACGUAAAGAACAGUUAGAAGAAGAACUUGCAGAAGAUCAGAAGAAGAUCCAAUUGCAAUCAGAAAACAAAAGUGGAAAAGGUAAUAAUAAAUCAAAAACUGAUCACCCUGACAAAGAAAAAAAUUUAUUAGAUGUUAGUGCAAGAAUAUUACAUCUUGACCAUGUUUUAAAAGAAAAAUCCAUAGAUUUGGAAAGAACAGCAGAUAUUGAUGAAAAAGAAGCUUUAAGGCAUGAAAUUCAAAAUUUAAGACGUAUCAGAGAUUGUUUGAUAGAUGAAAAAUGUGAUUUAGAUGAGAAAUUUCAGAAGGAAAAAACUUUGUCUACGGUAGAAGAACGAAAAUUAUUAGAAUGUGGAGAAACUAUUGAAGCUAUAGAUGCCAUGAUAGAACAUAAAAAUGAAAUGAUUUGUGGGAGAAAAGGUUUUGAUGAAAAUCAAUCACAACGCGAGAAAGGAGAGAGAAUGUUAAUGGAGAGGUUAGCAAAAUUAUCGGAAGGUGAAAUGAAAACAUUAUUCUAUAAAUAUUUUCUAAAAGUAAUAGAUUUAAAGGAAAGUUCAAAAACCCUAGAAAUUCAAACUGCAGAAUUAGAGAGUGUUAUAGAAACACAAGAAUGGCAAAUACAAGCUUUAACUAAUGCAUUGAAACAAUCCAAGCUGGAAACUGAGAAAAAAGUUAUUUUUGUGAUAAGAGAAUAUGAACAGAAAUUACAAGCCAUGUAUAGACACUUUGCAGAGGAAACAAGUAGCUCUGGACAUGAAACAGUGGAUACAGAUUCUGAACUUGUCAAAUACAAAUGUGAAAAUGAAAUACUGAGAAAGCAAUUAGCAGAAGUUAAAGCUUACACAAAAAGCUUAAAACCUCCAUGCACAAUUACUUCGGGCGGCAUACAAAGAACAACACCAUCGAUGAUACAAGGUCCUCUAAGUCCGACAACUAAAGUGACUAAGGAACGGAAUAAACUGAUAAUACAAAAAACUACUGACCGUGAUAAAAGAAAGAAGUGAAUUUUUUCAAAAUAUAUGUCCCGUUUUUCUCUUUAACUAACAUUACGUCACUCUCUACAAUGUUGUAAUACACUACUUUAAUGUUGGUAGUUACAUCUCAUAAUUCCUAGUGUAAAAACAUGAACAACUUUAAACAAUUUAUAUGAGCCAAUAAUAUGUCGUAAUAUUGUAUUAGUCUUUAACAUAUUAGGCCCUCGUUAUAUGUAUAUAUGUAUCUCAUGUCGUA